AGGCGAUGCGGCGACAGUUAAUUUAUUUAUCAUUAUUGUUUUUGUAAACGUUCACACAAGAGUGUAGAGUGCAAGCAAAUUCCUCAAAUUUAAGCGCUUGUCACGUGUGAUGUAUUGUCUAGUAAGUGAAGACGUUUGACUCCGAAAUAUAGGUUAUGUACGUAAUAAAGGUGUUGGGAUCUGUGCAAUUAUACAACAGAAAAUAAAUUUCAAUGCCGUUAAGGUACAGGUAGUUAGAAUGAAGUGAUAUAUAGUUAGCGUCGUGUUGUGAAAUGGAAUUAUUCUUCACUUAAAAAUAAGAGUACUGGGUAAUAGGAUGCGGUUCCAGUUCGGUACGAAAUGUGUAGACGGACAUAAGAAAUCGAAGUGUCAUUUAGCGAUAAAAGUUCGUGUUUUGCAGUGGAUGUUGUGACAAAUAUUGUUUUGGUGUACACUUCUUGGAGGAAUGAUAAUGGAGGCAGAUCACAAGGAGCAAAGCACCGCGUCGAAGCAGAAGAUGGACACCGCAGAUAACCCAGAAACACACCGUAAAUCUUGGCAGUCAAAAUACCAAAGCAUCUGCCAAGAAUAUUCCAGCAGAGUAGAGGAAAUAAAAAAAUCACGAAGUCCUGAUGGUGAUUCUCAUCAACCAAAGAAUAAAAAUCCUCUUAUUGGACUUCUUUCUGAAUACAACUCGGAUUCUGAAUCUGAAGAAGCUGAAAAUACUGCAUCACAUAAUAACGCACCACCAACACCAUCAGCACCAUCAGCACCCAAAAAGCAGCUUACUGAUGAACUAUCGUAUUUUCUGCAGGAAAUACAGACACUGUCAUCUGAAGACAAGACUUCUGAGACGCCUACAGUGCCUGCUCCAGCUGAGAACAUGAGUUCUGCCGUCGCUCGAGUAGAUGAAAUGCAUCCUGCUGCUCCUGGUGAAAUGCAACAUUUUGAGGAGCAGUUGUCUUACAUGGAGGUUCCAAUGACUUCAUGGCAGGAAUGUUAUGAUGAAAAUUCUGGCUAUGUCUACUACUGGAAUGUUGAAACAAAUGAAGUUAGUUGGGAGAUGCCCGCAGCAUACCAAUAUUAUUUUCUCCAACAUCAGCAUUGGAUGCAACAAACUCAGAUGCCAAUGAUGCUUCCCGAGUAUGGUGUUCUUCCUAACAUGCAAACCCCAGCUGUUAUUGAAGCACCAGCUGUGUUAAAAAGGCCUAUAAAUCCAAAGAAAAUUAUCUCCAUAGAACAGCACAAGAAAAACUUAAAGAAAAGAAAGAAGAAGAAACAUGCAAAGUCCAAACCAGAUGACUCAGAUGAAGAGAAGAUUGAAAUGAUAACUUCAUAUGGGCCCCCAAGUGAAGAUGAAUCUGAUGAAAGCAUGCCAGAGAAGAAAAAAAAGAAGAGGCAUCAUCAGGCAGGUGUUUCAGCUGUACAUUGCCCAGUCUUCCCCCAAACAACAUUGGGUCCACAGCCACUGGUAAAACCACAAAAAUUGCCCACUAAGGAGGCUCAGUUGAGCAAGCAACACCCUCAGUCUAUUUCAGCUUGUAUAGCUGCUUUACAGCACAAAGAAGAUAUUCCCCCUGAAGGUGAUGGAGUCCGACCAGUUGAAGGAGGAGCUGACACAGAAUCACAAGGAGCUGUGACAGAUCAUAAGAUAUCACCAACUUCAAAAACUGAAGGUGAACAAAAGGCAAGCCCAAGGUUAAACAGCAUACCCACUACAUCUGUCAAUUCAGAGGAGAGUGAGCCAGCUGAAGGCAAUCCUGAACAGCUGUCUUCUCAUGUUGAAACAGAAUUAAGUGGUGCAAGUAUAUGUACAGAUCCAUCCAGUGUACAAAACAAAACAGAUGUCUCAGAAAGUUCAGCAGGUGAAAUUUCUGCUGCAGAAAAUUUUUCUGGUGAUGAUGUGAAUGCAAAAGCAAAUGUAGACAAUGAAGAUAAAACAAUUACAGAAAAUCAAACAGAACAGUCAACUAAUAGAAAAGAUGAAUUGGAAACUGAUGAUGCAGAGAAUAAUUCCACAAAGGAAAAUGUUGAGAAAACAGGAUCUUUUGCUUUGAUAGCGGGCUAUGGAGAUGAUUCAGAUAUAGAAGAAGAGAAAAAAGAGAUCUUGUCCAGGAAAAAUGUACCAAAUGAAAGGAAGCAAGAGGUGAAGCCAACAAUAGAAUCUCAUAAAUCACCUGUAGCAAUGAUUCACAGUUCUAGUACCACUACACAUUCUUCAACAACAGACACACUGUCUGAAACUGACUCAACAGAUCAGAAAAGUAAAGUGCCUUUUUUGAAAUCAUUUGUUCCUAGUGCCACUGUUUUAGAAAAUAAUCCGAAUGUAACAUCAGAUGUAGCUGCUGCUGUAACAGAAAUGGCAGUCAUAACAGCUGCAUCCUAUAGGUCAAGUCUAGAUAAUAGUGGACGCCGGGGCCUUGGUUUUGAGCCAAGAGAAUCAGAUAAUCAUGAAAACUACGAGUUGGAUUCACCUGUACAGUUACGUACUGCAGUUCCUGUGCAGAAUGCCUUCCAGAACCAUGGAAAUAUGAUAAAUUUUGUCAAAGCAGAAACCUUGGUUCCAUCUACUCACACUCAGGACUUAGAAAACAACAAAGACGAGGAGGCAGAGAAGACACCCACAGUGCAGGAAGAAAAAGAAGGUAAUGGAAUUACUGGACAGAUAGCAGACAUGUCAGGGGUAAUAAUAGAAAAAGUAACAUUUUUAGCGGAAGGAAAAGAAGCUGUGUCUGCUGUUCAAACAAUUGGCAUUCAAGUGCAGACACUAUUAACAGCCUGGGAACAUGGAAGCCUGUGUGAGAAUUACUUCUCACAGUGGUUAGCUGACACCAUGGAAGAACUGUCUAGGCUGGAGCAGGAUGCAGCCCCUGAUGGUUGGCAGUGUUUGUGGUCAAGGGGAUGGAAGAGAUAUUAUUAUUACAAUUCUGAGACUGGUGAAGUUCAGUGGGAAUAUCCUUAUUUGGGUGAUAGUGGCGCAAUGGAAGACGAUUCAAUGGAUGCCAGUGAGGAACUUGUGGAGCAGCCUGGUUUACCAUGUUCAACUCAAGAAAAUAAAAAUAAUAAACGACCAGACUCUUCUCAUAAAGGAUGUGAUCAGAAGAAGAAGCAACUCUCUCAGCGUGCAUCUGUGUCCAAACAAAUAUAUGAACAUCAUAAAGAUGGCAUUUCAGAUGACGGUGAUAAGUUGUCAGAUUCUGCUCCACUCCAUGUUUCACAUACCCAAGCACCACUUCCUGCAGAGAAUUCAUCCACUGCUGUGCAGUCAUCAGUACCUGAUCAUCGAACAGAUGUGAUGAAAGGAGAUGGUAGGGUUCAGCCUUUACCACCUGGAGUUGAUCAUCCAGAGCUCCCAUAUAUUAUUGCUGGUCCCCCUCCCCCUCCUCCUCCCCCUCCCCCACCACCUCCUCCACCCCCACCACCUACUUCUCCUCCUCCUCCACCAUCGCCACCACCACCACCCCCACCACCACCACCACCCCCAGCAUCACCACCACCCCCAGCAUCUGCACCACCACCAUUGCCACCGACACCUCCCCCUCCUUCUAUUUCAUCGCCUCCACCACCACCACCUCCUCCUCCACCACCACCAUGUAUAUCUGUUUCUACUUCUUAUGUACAGUCUGCCCAUAUCAUGCCAGGUUAUGAUCCCACAACUGAAGAUUAUACAGACAUUGAUGGUGAAGAGAUGAUAGAAGAUGAUGAAUCACGCAGUAGCUCAACUGUACUAUCACAUGCUGAACUGUAUGCAGAUGAUAGUGCCUAUAUGCAUGGUGGUGGUCUUCCUCUCAUAUGCCCUUUAAAUGCUGUUGUUGAAUAUGGACCAAUGCCAUAUGUAGCAGAUCCUGUGGUUCCAGCAGCACAUGUCAUUGAGAAACCACCAGAAAAGACUUCUCUACAUGCAGAAAUUGAUUCAUUCUAUUCAGACCUGGCAUCUCUUGAACAAACCGCAGUUACAGCAUCGUCUGAAAAACACCAAAUGGGCGAGCAUACAGGUGCAGCCAGUGAGACUGAAAAGGAAUCAAUGAUAGCCCCUGCCACAAUAGAACCAAGUUCUAGUGCUAAUAGUAAUGUUGGUGGUCUUACUGGUAGCACAGCAUAUCAAAAAGUAUCUGCCCACAUUGAAGGAAAAAUGUCAGAGGCGCCUAUAGGAGAAGUACGAAAGAAGAAAAAGCCAAAAUUAGCACCAGGAUUGUCACUAAAGAAGAAAGAUGUGUCGUCACUAGUGGCUAAAUGGCAGAAACUUCAGGAGGAAGUUAGAAGAGACUAUAAAAAGCUUGGUGAUGAACUCAAAGAUAAAUAACAGAUGUUCUGUGCCUAAUUUUGUCAUGGACUACUAAAAUGUUAAGCAGGGAGCAUUUAUAACAAAAUUGGAAAAUAACUGAUUUGUUAUAUAUUGUUACAAACUGUGCCAAUUUGCUUGAAUAUCAAACUGUUUUCAUUUGAUGUGAAAAUUUUCUGAGACAAUUUGAUACCCAAGUAAAUUUAUUUUAAAAAAAUAAUAUACUGUGAUAUUUUACUUGUCUGUUAGUUACUCAGGUUGUAUUAUUGACUGUACCAUACAGCAUUUUCUUAAGAUUUAUUUGUUACUUUAUUAUAAUAAAACCAAGAAGGAUAAUUAUAAAUGAGUGUUUGAAUGAAGCUAUGCAGUGUUUGACAAAAGAAUGAGUAGAUGGUAUUGUCGUCAGAAAGGUGCUGCACAUGCCAAGAUUUUAUCAGUGUACUGUGUAAUUAUGUGCCCAUAACGUCAUCACCAAGUGAGAUAGCCUACAGAUAAUGAACCUUCAGUACAAGAUUUCUCCUGUGUCAUGAACAAUUACUAAGCUGUACUUCGUUGUCGUUUUUCUUUAUUUGAAAAUAAUGUCUUACAUGUCAGUUCAAAGAUUUUUUUUAAAGAAAGUAGAUUCAUGCUUUGGAAAAUUUCACACUUAGCCAUUCAUUCUUCUUUAAUGUAGAGUACACUUUUGCAGUUCUCUCAUAUUUUUAACCACUCUGUAAAUACAAAAUGUGUUGUGGGCUGUACUGACAGGCCUUCUGAACACCCACCUAGCAGUGUCUCAUAGGGGUUAAGGAUCUAGAUUCAAAGUUUAUGAGAAGUGACAUUAAAAUGUCAUCUGGGCAGUCAGAUUUAGGUAUUCUGUGAUUUUCAUAAAUCGCUUCAGGUGAGCGCUGUGAUAUUUCCUUUGAAAAGUAUAUUGUAAUUAUCCAUUCCCAUCCUUGUGCUCUCCCCCUGCUCUUAUUCUUUAUCUAGGCAUUUACCCCAUCUCUAAUAAACUUAUUGCAGAUGGGAGGUUAAAUAAUCCCAGACUUUCUUGAUUACCGUUGAUCUAGUAUGCCAUUUUUCAGCUGGAGAUGUACUCCUCAGAUGGUAUUAUACUUACUGCUUCAGUGCUGGUGUAAAACACUGUAUGACAGCAUUAUGUUUUCUUAUCAGGCAACUCAUCUCUAACAGUCAAAUAGAACACAUUCUAUGACAUAGGAAUACAUCCACAGAAAUGUUAACUGCAAAUUGAAGUAUCACAGACUACUUUUAUUUAAUAACAGUUGGUAUUUCAAGAGACUGUGAACAGCAAAAGUAAUGCCCAUUUUUGUUGAACUUUUUCUUUAAUUCUUCACAACUCUCUGCAUAGUUGUCAUCUCCAUUCAUUGAAUAAUGAGACAAGAAUAUCUUUAGAUUUCGUCACAAAUUCCACAUUUUACGUACUUAGUCUUGAUAGAAAAUCAAUUAUGUAAUUAAUAAAUCCUGUGACGAACUUUAUCUUCUUUAUGGUAAGAAUUUGACAUGUAACUUGACUUCAUGUGAUCAAGGCAAAGAUAGGAAUUGGGGAAGGGGGAUGGGAGGUGGGAAUUCUUCAUUUGCGCAACAGUAGUAGUAUUUUACAUGGUGUAAUAGGUCUCGUUUCCUUUAUCUUGUAGAGAUUACCAUUGUAUUCCAUGAGAGUUUUCCAAAUUAAUAAUUCCUUUAUUCAGUUUUCUUUGGGCUACAAUGGAUCCAUUAUGAAAAUUCAGAGUGUAAAAAUGAUUUGACAACAGGAGACUGGCAACAGUUCACAUAUAAUACAUAUUCUGGCACACCUUUAUUGAUAUUUUAUUGGUGUUUCAUUAGUGUUGUAUAUAAUGCAUACUAUAACAGUCACAAUAUCCACAUUUAGUUCUGUCUUGCCCACAUCCUGUUCAAUCCCCAUAAUAGAACUCUCAUAUUUUGUUAUGUGCUCCAGAGCACCAUUACAGAACUCUUUUUGAUACAAUGACACACUUCUGUUUGAUUUAAAAAUUGUUUCUAGAAGUACAGUGUUGUCAGUGCAAAAAUUAUGUUAUACAGAACAUUGUGUUGUAAAUGUAUUCAUGUACAGUCAUGAACUUCAAGCCUUCUCAAACAAUAUUUGUCAUACAUUAUAAUAUUGAUUCCAGAAAGGGCAGUUUUCUAUAAUAUCCUUACAUAGAAAAUGAUUAUGGUUUUUAUGCCAUAACAGCGAUACUUUUUGUGGCCAAAAGUUUCAUUCAAGCUGUAGAAACUCUAUGCCUAUUUUCAUUUAUGGAUUUCGUACUUCCUGUUCCGUGACCUUUUGUGGUAUUGUUGUCUCAUAAAUGGCACCGAUGGCCAGGAGUCCCCACAUGGGGAAGUUCAGCCGGCGAGUUGCAAAUUGUUUCAGUUGAUGCCACAUUGGACAACUUGCAUGUUGAUGAUGAUGAAAUGAUGAUAAGUAUGAGCCAACAUCCAUUCCCCGAAUGGAGAAAAUCUUCGACCUGACCAGAAAUCCAACCUAUGCCGACUGUGUGGCAGUCAGGUGUGCAGACCACUCAGCUAAGGAGGUGGAUAUAGUAUCAUAAACAUUAUUUGUAUGCUGUUGUGAUUACUGUAAUUUACAUAUUUAUUUAUUUUAAUUGUGUAGCUAAGCAUUCUUUCCCAUCUGUUUUGCUUAAUUUUGCUUAAUCUCGACAAGAAAGUUCUGAAGUCUGUGUACUCAUACUGUUUUCAAAACUUUAUGCCAUUAUCAUUCUUUCUAACUGAAAUUAAUUGGCAUUUGUGUGUCAAGGAUUUAUCAUCCAUGAAUAGCUGCGGCUUUCAUUUUACCUACUAUAUGUAGCUUUUGCAAUUUGUGUUCACUAUAUUCUGAGUCUUUUUCUUUGUUUUAAUAAACCAGUAACUCAGGAUAAAUUUACAGAUGUAAUGUUAUCUGUAGAAGGAACAUAGUGAACUUGUGCUCAGUGUACUAGUCACUACUUUUCCUUCAUAUGUCUGUUUGGUUGUCAUCACUCUGUUCCAAACCUCUCACAUAGACAUGACUUGAAAGUACAGAUGAUCAAGCACAAGAUUCUUUGUGUGUCAGACAGUGAUGCUGACGUGGCUGCAGGUGAGGGCUUAAAAUUGCCUACCUUGAAAUAGUGAAAGAUGAUGAUAAUGUCAUUUUGUGGAUGUAUAAUUCUGUACUUCAGAGGGAUAGCCAGAGCAACCUCACAUUUUAUUUGUUGUUAUCAGUGCUUCUAGGUACAUAAUUUGUGAAGGCUACUGAAGACUGUCUUUGAAAUCCUAUUUUUCCUUGCAAUUGCACACACUGUUCAUUUAAUUAGAGAUUGUGGACACUAGUGUUUGUGUUGAUUGGUAGUCUGUGUUGCUGAUUGUGUUUAUGGGUUGAGUUUUACAUAAGUGAUGUAAGCCAUGUAAAUACCACCAAUUGUGAAGAUGUGGCUGUGUCACACAUUUUUUACGUUUCUUAUGAUUUAGAAGAGUUUAUGUUAUGAUUUUAAGAAGUAUUAUCAAAGGCUGCCAGUUGUCUUUGUAUUUAAAAUAUGCUCCUCUGUUUGUGCACUCAGUAUACUGCACACUGUGGAGUUGUUAUUCCUGUCCCUCUGCUAAUAUUACAUAACCAUUCAUAUCUUCUGUGGGAAAAAAUACAGGUUACUUUUAGGCAGAUUCACUGUCAAUUCUUUUCCAUAAAAUCAUUUAUCUGCUAGACAUUUGAUGUCUUCAUUUUGUUAAAACCAAUUAGGGCUUCUUUCUGAGUCUGAUUUUAGUGGAAGUUGCUGCCACACUAGUGUGUAAAAAAUUUCAUCUCACUUUUAUAUUUGUUCAUUGUGAACUGCUUCCAUUAUCAUUUUAUUCCUGCAGGUACCACAUCAGUGAUAACUGGGAUUAAAACUGCGAUUGCUUCAAUAACCACCUCCACUUUCAUUGGUGUAGUCUUAAUCUCCACAGUUGCUUUCAGAUUGGUAUCAUUUAAUUUUCAGGUGGUAUGUAUGACAUAUUGCAUCACAGCUGUUACUGUGACUCAUAUUAUAUACUAAUAAAGACCGUCUGAAAAUGAAACAGUGCCAUUAUGUAAGUGACAAUGGUUAUAAGGAAGGUACCAAACAUGUUAAGAGGUGGUUAUGGAAACAACCUCAAUUUUAAACCUAUUUUUAUGUAUUACAUGUGCGGUUUUUCUGUUUUCAUCAAAGAGUAGGUGCGUGUAACUGUGUUUUAGGGAGUCAGAUUGGUGUAAGAGCUCACAUUGGCCAAAUUUACAAUAAUGUUUACAUACAUUAGUGGGGCACAGUGACCUAAAUACCUCUUAGGUAUGAAACUUUCUGGCAGAUUAAAACUGUGUGCCAGA